AUGCAAGAAGAAAUUUUUAAAAUAUGUCGUCCUGGAAUUGUGGCAAACUUUAUAUAUAAAGUUGUAGAACUUGCUACUUAUACUUCCGAUUUUGCCACUGAUGCUAUAAAUAUAUUAACUGAGAAUACAUUAAAUACUGGAGUUCAUUCAACGAGACAAAAUUAUAUCGAUGAUGAUGAAAAUGUCUAUGAUCAUAAGAAAAAAGAUGUUUCUACUUGGGAUGAAAAUGUAGAAACCGUUGAAGAUGAAGAACCUCCUCCACCUUACGAUAAUUCUACUGAAACUAAACCUUCACUCAUAAUUUCUACAUCUCCCUCACAACAGGAUUAUCCAACUACUCAGUCUGAAACUAAACCUUCAUUUACAAUUUCUACAUCACCCUCACAACAAGAUUAUCCAACUACUCAGACUGAUAAACCUUCUCUUACAAUUUCUACAUCACCUCCGCAACAAAAUUACCCAACUACUCAAUCAACACCAACACAUUCACCAACAAAUUCAACUUCACGAAGAAGACAAUUCCGUGUUCGUCGUGGCCGUAGAUUUGUACAUCACAAAUCAUCUUCAAAAAUGAGUAAUAAUUUCAAUAAUACAUCCGAUAAUAAUGUUGAAGAAGAAGAAGAAGAAGAUAUUAUCCUUAAAAGACUUAAUAGUAAAAUAUCUGUUAUGAUAGCCGAAGCUGAAGCUGCUUUAAAUAGUAAGGUUGAAGUUACAGAACUUGAAAUGAUGCUUGCUGAGGAAAAAGAACGCGAUGAACGAAUUAUGAAAGAAUUUGGCAUUAAAACUCUUAAUGUUCAUAAUUACAAUUACAAUAAUUACAAUAUCAAUUAUAAUAACAAUUACAAUUACUUUUACUGA